GCAAAAUACAAAUAUUUUUCAUAUUUGUAAAUAAUCUCAUAAAUAGUAAGUAUAUUGCGAGUGAUACAAUUCUUUAACCGAUGUUACUCAAGCAUGAGCUCAUGCAAAUUAGAAGAAGUCUUGCCUUGAAUUCCCAUAUAAUAUAUUUAUAUAUCUUAAUAUUACGAUCAAGAAUCUAAAUUUUAUGAAAUCCUACCGAAGAUUCUUUGACAUAAAGAAAAAGAAAGAAAUUAAUUCCCCUCCCCCCCAAAAAAAAACUAAUUCCUCAUAGGGUAUGUGGACCCAUUAUUUUCUAAUAUUUUUUGAAAAAGAUUAUUUUCGAAGAUUCUAAAGUGAUGAACAAAAUUUCUCAUUUUCUAACACACAGAUUAAAUCAUUUUCAUACUAGAUUAAGUAUAACAUUCUUCCAAUUAAUCUCUGUAGAAAAGAUAUGGCGAUGCUUCUUCUUUUUUUCUUAAUUACAUCUUGUAAUUCGAAUAACAUAAAAGUUUUAAUUACAUGAAAGUUGAGUUAUUCUUUUCUGUUUAUAUAUGAUAUACUUAUAAAUUGGUGGAAGACGGGUAGAUAAGAUUCGUCCCUUUCGAGAAUUCUGGAAUUCUAUGUUUAACAUAUUAGCAUACAUUUUAAUAUAUGUUAAUACAUCUAUAUGAUAUAGUCAUAAAAUAUUUCUCAGCAUCUUAACAUGACCCCACUAACAUAUUUAUAUAUAACGCUCUUCACAGUUUCUUUUCUCCUCAGCAAAAUCAACAAGCUCAUUGUGAAGAGCAAUCAUACACAAACAACAACGAAAAACUACAAAAUUCUAGUUCGUAAACAAUCAUCAUCACAAUGUCUGGUGUGUGGGUGUUCAACAAGAACGGAGUGAUGAGGCUGGUUGAGAAUCCUUACAACCAAUCCGCCGGAGAUUCCUCGGAGUCUUCCUCCUCCAGUGGCAACCAGCAGCAGAGGCUGAGAAGGAAGAUCCUUGUCCAUCUUCCGACCAAUGAGGUUGUCUCUUCGUACGGAUCACUUGAGAGGAUCUUGAAGGGUCUUGGAUGGGAAAGGUACUACAAUGAAGACAACUUCGAUCAUCUCCUCCAGUUCCAUAAGAGAACAUCGAUAGAUCUCAUCUCACUCCCCCGCGACUUCUCAAAGUUUAACUCCAUCCAUAUGUAUGAUAUCGUCGUCAAGAACCCUAACGUCUUCCAUGUCCGGGACAUGUAGUAGUCCAUCAUCAAAACUAAAACCGAGGACAAUUUGAUUCUUCAAAAUCAUCCUCUCUCACAUCUAUCAUGUAUAUAUUUGCAUGUUUGUGUUACUUUAUUUUCUGUUGGGGGUUGUUUUAUUUUUAUGUGUGUUUGUUUACGUUGGUCGAUUUUGGGUGGUCUAAGCUAAACUCACUUUAAUAACUUGUAUCAUUUUGUGGUUUUGGUGAACUUUGUAUCAAGAUCUCUCAAAAAUGAUAUAGUAAAGAUGUUAUAUUUGAUUUAGUGAAUUAGUCGUUCAAUAAAAAAGUUAUAUGAUGUGACAUGUUUGAUUUGGUGCCUACAAUACAAGUAAGCAAAUCAAAUAACUUAGAAAAAUUCCUUAGAAUAUUUCUAACUUUUUUAGUUUAUUUUUACAAAAAUAAUCUUGAAGAAGGAAAAUAACCAAAACUAAUUUUAUUAAAGAAUAAAAAUAAAUUUAUAUCCUAUGGUUAACUAAUCUAGAUCUACGGUUUAGAGAUAAGAAGUGGAGUUUUGAGGAUAAAAUUUCAAAUUUUAAAAAAUAAAAAAUAAAUAUUAAAAAAAAUUUAAAAAAACUAUUUUGGUCAUUUUUCUCUUUGAGAUCUAUUUUUGUGACAAAAACCUAAAAAAACUAUUUGAGAGAAUUGUCCAAUAAGUUAUAACAGAUUUAUUUUUUUCAACAAGAAUUUAAUAUCAAAUACUCAUAUAGCUAGCUUAGGUACUGCUUUAAACUAAUGAUAAUCAUCAUAAACUCGAGUCAAAUUUUAUCGGGGAACUUAUGAUUUAAUGAGAAUGUUUAAAGUGGAUUCAAAACCAUAACAUACAUGAUUAAAACCAUAGAUAUAUUAUGCCAUACUAAACCAUAAAUUUAUAACACGAUAAUUUCAAGAGUCAUGACGAAAUCCAAAGAAGGAAAGUCAAAAAGAUGUCCAGAUAGAGAAGGUCCCCCAAAGGUUUAGGAAGACAAUGGAUAAAAUGAUGGGCGCAAGUGAUCUCUGAUACUUUUCCACCCAACUUUGACAGCUGUCGAUUUCUUAUUGCCCAGUUCUCCACUUUGUCACAUAUUAGAACGAUGGCGCACGUGAUGUACAUCCUUUUGCUUAGAAUCUAGACACGUGUCUAUUCCCCAUUGCCCAUUUUCCCCACUUUGUCACUUCUUUAUCGAUGUCGAACAAAACUUUAUAUAUUUUUUGAGAAAAUUGUUUUUUUUUAGGCAAAAAAAUGCUAACUAUGUCCUAUUAGGAUAAUCUCAUAUAAUUUAUGUCUUAUUAGUUUAAAUAUUUUCAAAAUGGCAAUAUUACCUUUAAUUUCAAUUAAAAAUUCGAAAUUACAAUUAAUAAAAAAAUGUUAAAUAUUAAAAUAUAAUUUUUAACUAAAAUCAUUUAAAAAAUAUGAAAAAUCCCCCCCCCCAAAAGGAAAUUACCACAAAUACCACUUUCUUAAUACAAUUUUUCAUAUUUAUAUUAACCAUUUUAUCCUCACUUUUAAUGAAGGGUAAAAGACACUUAUAUCCCUAAAAUAAAUUAAUUUAAACUUAGAUUUUAGAGUUGAGGAGUGAAUUAUGAUUUUUGGAAUGUAGAAUUUAGGAUUCUAAUAAAUAUAUAAAUAAAUAUUUAAAAAAUAUAUAAAAAUAUUUGAAAAAAUCGAAAUUAUUUUCUUAUAAAAAGUUUGAAUUUGAAAAAUUAUAAUUCGAAAACAUAAAAAAAAAUUAUUUAAAUUUUAUUUUUUUAAUUUAAAUAAUAAUUUAUUAUAUAUAUAUAGAGAACAAUAAUAUAAAAGUCUUUUGCCGGUUCAUAUCAGGAUCGACCGAUUCAAAUCAAACUGUUUCCAAAUCGAUGUAUUAAUUUUUUUUUAAUUUAAAAAUUGAUUUUAGAAAUCACUAUUUUUUUAAAAAAAAUUGAUUUAAUAAACAUAAGGAAACUGUAUAUUUCCACAUAUUCUCUUCCCAUAUUUUUGGAACUGAUUAUCUUUAUCCGUAGAAUAUGUAUUCUACAUAUGUAGAAUACUGUAAACAUGUUUGAAAUCGAUUUCUUCUAGUUUUAGAUUUAUAGUAAUGUGUAGAUUUUGAUUUCUUUAGGUUUUAGAUUUAUAGUAAUGUGUAGAUUCCAAAUUCUACAUAUUUUAGAACGAUAGGUUAAGCGUGGAAUGUGUUUUCCAAAUAUUUUUAGAUUACUAUUAUUUACGUAAAUCACGUAUUCUAAACUUAUUAGAUUCAAUGAAAAAAGUGGAUUACAUUUUCUACUGUGUAUAAUGUUAAUUCUACUUUUUGUAGAGUAAAAUAUGAAAUUAAGAUUUAAACAUUUUUAAAAUUAUAAGAAAAUACCAAUAAGUUAAUAUAUGUAUUUCAUCAAUAGUUAUUAUUUUUGAUUAAUUUUUGAAAAUACUAAAGGGUAUUAGAGGAAAAAACGAUA